AUGAAGAGUGUACCAGUCGUGUCCAACCUUACUAGCACAGGAGUUGUAGGAUACAAUAGCAACAGCUAUACCAUUAUGUUUCCGGCUUUACCAGCUUUAAAGACAUUGGGCAACAUAGGGAUUAAGCGUCAGAGUGCAGUGUUUGAAAAACGGAGUAUAGUUAGAACUUCAACUAUAAAUGAAGUAUUUACAAUAACUGCCGAAAAUCAUAAUUUGGAUGAGUGUAAACAAUACGAGGAAGAAAAAUCUAAAGACGUAUAUAGAAAAAUUGCUACAGAAACUAAUGUGGAAAUAGAGGUCAGCAUAUCAAAAAAUAUGAACUUGACUUUUCUCGUCAGGGGAAAAAAAGUUAACGUUGAUCAAGCGAAAGAUAAGAUUAUCGCUAGUUUCCAAACCCAACAAAUUACUCGUACUAUUAAUGUUGCUAAGGAACAUCAUGGUAAAUUAAUGGGUAAAAAAGGAGUGGUCCGAAAAAAUAUCGAAAUACGCACCGGAUCACGUAUACAUAUACCAAGCAUUAAAAAUACGUCCGAGAUUAUAAAUGUUACCGGAACAAGAAAUAGUACGUCAAAAGCAAUAAAAGAAUUGGAGGAAAUUAUAUUGAAGUUGAAAAAUAUAAGUGAAAAAGAAAUUUUAAUUGAUCAACGUCAUCAUGGAGCUAUGAUCGGAGUUAAGGGUAUAAAAGUUAAACAAUUUCAAGAAACCUUUAAUGUUAAAAUUACAUUUCCCAGUCUAGAUGAGGCUAAAAACAAUUUAGUCAAAAUACGAGGUCUGAAAGACGAUGUAGAUAAAGCGUUUCAAUCAAUAUCUGAAUUGGCUAAAGCAUUGGAUGAGUCUUUAAAAUUUCCCAAACUUGGUGCUGGAAAUAAAGUUGUGAUUAAUGCUAGCAAAUCAAAUGUUGCUUUUAAACGUCGAUUAUUAUUAUAA